AUAAGAACCUGACUGGCGUUUUGCCUCCACACAAGUUCAAUUCAACGUGUUCUUGAGAUAUUCUUCAGUCUGUCCACUGAUUGUUGUUGUGAAUCUUAAUAACCCACACCUAGUAAUCACCGCCAACUGAAGACAACAGCAGCCCAGAAUGGAGGCUCAUGAACCCAAUACUCCUUCUCAAUGCACGUGGACACGGAAUGGAGCGAAUUCACCGCAUAUUAAACGUGACGUUUUGAACAAUCGAAAAAAGGUUUUACCCGACAUUUUAGAAGUCAUCGGACAGACACCAGUCGUGAGGCUAAACAAAGUACCGAAGUUACAUGGAGUCAAGUGCGAAGUUUUUGCAAAAUGUGAAUUCCUCAAUCCUGGAGGAUCCGUGAAGGAUCGAAUUGGUUAUCGAAUGGUCCAGGAAGCGGAGGACAAGGGAAUUCUCAAGCCUGGCUCUACGAUAAUCGAACCCACCAGUGGUAACACUGGGAUUGGUCUUGCUAUGGCUGCAGCAGUCAAGGGAUACAGAUGCAUAAUAGUGAUGCCUCAAAAGAUGUCCAACGAAAAACUUUAUACUCUUCAAGUAUUGGGUGCUGAGAUUGUUCGUACACCGACUGAAGCUGCGUGGAAUAGCCCCGAAGGUCACAUCAGUGUUGCUGAAAAACUCAAGAAGAAAAUUCCAAACAGCGUAAUUUUAAAUCAGUACAUUAACCCCGGAAAUCCUCUGGCCCAUUACGACCAAACCGCUACCGAGAUUUGGGAGCAAGUAGAUGGAAAAGUAGACUACAUAGUGGUUGGGGCUGGUACUGGUGGUACCAUAAGUGGAAUUGGUCGUAAAAUCAAAGAGCUAUCGCCUAGAACUGAAAUAGUUGGAGUUGAUCCUGUUGGAUCUAUUCUCGCCCGACCGGAGAAUUUGAACGAUACAAACGUCACGUACUACGAUGUGGAAGGAAUUGGAUAUGACUUCAUUCCAACUGUCUUGGAUCACUCAGUCAUCGACCAUUGGAUGAAGAGCAAUGAUCAUGAGGCCCUCAACAUGUCUCGUCAACUGAUCAAGGAAGAGGGACUCCUGUGCGGUGGUAGCAGUGGUGCUGCCUGUAUAUCCGCUCUAAAAUUCGCCAAAGAUCUGCCAGCUGAUAAACGUGUUCUCGUUAUUCUCCCCGAUGGCAUUCGAAAUUACAUGACCAAGUUGGUCUCCAAUCAUUGGAUGGAAGGGAGAGGAUUCAUGCCACCGCCAGAGCCAGUCGAAGAGAACAAAUGGUGGUGGACGCUACCAGUAUCGUCCCUCCCCCUCUCAAAACCCUCACCUUUAGAGAACGAUACGACCUGCCAAGAGGCCCUCCACAUUCUCAAGACCCAGGGGACUGAUUUCAUUCCAAUAACCAACAAUAAUGAGCAGAUCAAAGGAUUCAUCACUUCGAAUACUGUAAUGACAGAGUUGAUCAAUGGCUCUGCCAAGAAAACCGAUCCCGCCAACAAAUUUAUUUCCUAUAGCUUCACGAAAGUCAAUGUUAAUGCGACACUUGGACGAGUCUCUCGUAUUCUCGAGAAAGAAUCUUUCGUGCCGAUUAUCGACGAGAGCCAGAAUUCUAAGUUGAUUGGAAUCGUCACUCAAAAGAUGAUCUUAGAAUAUAUAUCGAAAAGCCAUGAAUCUCAGAGUAAUGGAACUAGUGGAACCAAUGGAACUGUCUAAACCCCGGCUGAUAAUAUCGAUAAGACCAUUGUAAAGGGAGAAGCAUCAAAAUUUGCUUCUCUAUAAACAUUACUUUGAAAAAAUUCUGACCGGACGUUCUUUGGAGGUUUAUAACAUGUGAUAAUUACAUCGAAAUUGCGAAGAAGUUUCGUCUGAGGGAAAUUCUUAUAAGAAAUCAUAAUUCCAUUGAAAAAUUCAUAGAAAUUGAGUUAUUCAGUUGAAUCAUUCCAUUGAAAAUAAUAGGUAUCAGGACAAAUCCAGUGGAUAUACGUUUGAAUGGUCAAAUAAUUCAACAUUUUUUUAUAAAUAUGUGCAUGAAGCUCUUAUAAUGUUUACGAAAUUCUGAACAAGAGAUUUCGUGUGAUAUUUUUUUAUAAGCAUUUAAUUUGUUCCAGAGAUAUUUGAGUGUUUUCUUUGUAAAGGGGCUGAAGCAUUAUUUAACGAAAGUUAUGUUUAAAUUCCAUUGUAUAUUCCGUCGGCUGUUUGACUUUUUGUACUAAAAUCACUCAAUUUAUAUAAAUUCAUAAAUUUUGUUCUUCGAAUCAUUGAUAAGGACAAGAUCUCAUGACUAUCGAUGUAUUUUAUCAGAAAAAAUGGUUCAGAAGGAAAUAUUGGAGAACAUUUUUAUGUAUCAGGAAGCGUUUAAAAAAUAUCUCUCAACAUGCUGCAAGUUGUCAGAGAUAUUUGUUGCAUCACAUGAACGAAAAAUUGUCAAUUUUCUCCCUUUACACUUGUUAUUAAUGUCAAUUUCCCUUUGUUGAAAUCUUUUACACGGAAAUUUAUACCAUAGACCCGCCAUUUUUCGACGUUUACCCCAUUUUUUAAAUACACUAUUUUCAUUUUCUACUGAAAUUCAUGUAGUAAACAUAGAUUUUGUGGUAAGAGAAUCUUAUUGUUCUUAAAUAUAUUGUACAUCCUAAUAUUAUAAUAUGAUAUUAAAUGACAACUCUGAAUGAUUUA